AUAAUUAUUCAAAAAGCUCAAGGUGCAUCCGUGGUGUUCUCUUUAUUCAUAAAAACUCUGUUCAGCUGUAUUUAGUAAAGCUUGCAGCGUGUUAACGACGCGACGGACGUGAAACAAACAAUACGCUUAAAAAACAUGAAGUUCUAUAAAUUUUUACUCACUGGUAUCUUGCUAAUACAAUCAAUGGCUUACGUCAUCUCCUCAAAUAUACUCGGAAUGUUUCUCACUCAUAGCCCAUCGCAUGUAAUCGUGCACAUGGGCGUAGUGCGGGCCCUAGUUGAACAAGGCCACAACGUAACUGUUAUAACUUCAAUGAAGCUAAAUGAUCCUAAUUUUGGUUAUCGGCAUAUUUAUCUGAAAACCUUAGAGCACACUCAGAAGGAUACUUUUACAAUGCUUGAUAAAAUCAAUCGUGCACCCUUCUAUCUCAAACCAUUCAAAUGGUUUGAACUUGGCAAGGAAAUGAUCGAUAAGUUUAACAGCUACAACAUGGAUCCGGAUUAUAUCAAAUUCAAAAAUGAAAACAACACUUUUGAUCUAAUGUUAUUGGGCUAUCAAUAUAAUGAAGGAAAUCUUGGAGAAGCUGCUCAUUUCAAAUGUCCCACAGUGCUCAUUUGGAUGAUGCAACCAUUUGGUCAUAUUUCUAGAUUAAUUGGUAAUCCCAAUCUUCCGGCGGUUAUACCAUUUUCACCGUUUAUUACACCAAAUGGAAUGGGUUUUUCUGAUAGAGUCUGGAAUUUUAUUAUUUACAUUUUCGAGGGAAUUGCUACCAAAACGGCUGAGUAUUUUAUGGCAAAUAUCUAUGAUCAAAUGUAUCCAAGUUACAAGUAUCCAUCGUAUAAGGAAAUGGUGAAAAAUAUCUCUCUGAUACUUUACAAUCAUCAUUUUAGUGAGGCUCCAGUUAGACCGCAAGUACCGGCUCUUAUUGAAAUUGGAGGGAUUCAAAUAAAAGAUAAACCUGAUCCUUUGCCGAAGGAUAUUCAAGAAUUUCUAGAUAACUCUCCACAAGGAGUCAUAUAUUUUAGUCUUGGCUCAAAUGCUUGUGGUCUGCACGUUAAAGAUGUGACUUAUAAAAUAAUAUUCGAAGUCCUAAGUUCUCUCAAAUACAAUGUUAUUUGGAAGCUCGAUGAAAUCAGCCAUCCAGGAAAUUCAUCGAAUAUCCUUUUUAAAACAUGGCUGCCACAAGAUGACAUAUUACCGCACAAAAAUGUCAAACUUUUUAUAACUCAUGCAGGCAAAGGUGGUGUUAGCGAAUCAGAAUAUCAUCAAGUUCCAAUGAUAGCUUUACCCAUUAUGGACGAUCAACAUGGCAAUGCAAGGGUAAUGGCAGCAAAAGGACAUGGUAUUGCUCUUGAUCACGAAACAAUGACAAAAGAAAUGUUCCAAAAUGCUAUAAAUGAUGUUAUGGAAAAUAAAAAGUAUAGAAAUGCUGUGGAGAAAUUUUCAAAACUCUACAAAGAUCGCCCACUUACAGCACAACAGACUGCUGUUUAUUGGAUAGAAUAUGUUAUCAGGCACAAAGGUGCUCCUCAUAUGCAGAGUCCUUUGAAAGAUUUAAAUGUCUUACAGGAGCAUAGUAUUGAUGUUAUAUUGUUUUUGGUGCUUGUUUUAUAUCUGACAUGGAAAUUAGGAAUCAUUUUGAUCAAAUUAGUUUAUAAGUUAGUCAGAAGUUUUUUGUUUAGAAGGCAAACUAAGCCUAGCAAUAAAAAUGACUGAUGGAGGUUACAAUAUUAUGGUACAUAUAAUAAAGUUUUGAAAAACUAACCGUUUUUCAUAAAUUACU